AGGAUGAACACUGGUUCAGUGGUUCAGUUCAGAACUCGGAAAUCGUUUCUGUAAUCAUAUGAACGCUUCAUCAAGAAGACAUUUUUGCGAAAAGUUUCGCAGCCUGCUGUAAAUAUUAUUGUGCUUUGUGGUGAAUGGAGCGUCAAACGUAGACGCGGACGGAAGAACGACUGGAGCUGCAAGACUUUUUUUUUGGAUCAUAUGCAUCAGCGCUUCAGUGUCAGGGGUAACGUUAAUCAUUUGUUGAGCUAGCCAUCAUUUGCUAAUAACUGUAGCCUCGAGCUGUUGGAUUAGCGCGCAGUUCAUGUCUGAGAUGAGAAAAGUUAGUACACCUGACCGGAGCUGGUUUUAGACUUGGUGUGAGGAUGACUGAUUAUGGAGUGCUCAGCAGUGUCAGUCAGUCCCAUGAAGUUGUGGGUGAAGGAGAUUCAGUUGCAAACAAAAAGAAGACCCAAAAGUCCCAUUUACUUGAUGAAGCCGAGGUCUGCGAAGGACAAUAUGAUGCUGUCAUUGUUCCCCAGGCUGUUAGAGCCACAGCGCAUCAGCUUAGUAUGUACCAAUGUAGCUCACCCACAGAACCAAGACAGACUGAGAGAACAAGGAGGCUGAGAAACAGUCAAGAGAGUCUGAGUGACCUAGCUGAGACUAGUUCCUCCUCAGACUCCCUUAAAGAUGACCAAACUCUAAAAGCUACAAGUGAUUUUGUUCUCAGGGGUGCUGCCACCUUUAGGAAUGGCUAUGACUCUACUGUGGGACUGCUGCCUGCUGCUAUGACAGGGUCCUCUAACUUCCGGCAAAGUGGGAACAGUCUUUCUGAGUAUGAAAGGAGGCCACGCAGCCAGCAGACUGACCACACAGACCAUGGGAUGAGGUCCUCCAAGGUGCGACUUUCUCCGAUGCAUCCUGCAGGGUCAAGGCCUGGACUGGAGAAGAACUUUGCAUCAGGCAUUUUACAGACAGCUAAUCAGAUUGACAGCGAUUGUUUGGAUUAUGAUGUGCCGGCCAGGGAGAGGUUUGGGGAGAGCAUGCACAAGAACCUGAGUGACAGCCGGCUUCUGGAGAACAUGCGGUCAGACAGUGCCUCUGUGGAAUCCAUCAAGUCCACCUACAGCCUUCUUAGUCCACUCCGACCCCAGGAUGUGAGGAACAGGAGCUUUCUGGAAGGUGUGCUUGGCAGCCGCGCUUUGCUGGGUGUUGAGGAACUGGAACGUUACUUCCCCAACAGGAGAGUGGGAAUAUAUGUAGCCACUUGGAACAUGCAUGGGAGAAAGGGAGUUCCACUCAAUUUAGAUGAUCUCCUGCUUCCAACAGACUCUGAAUUUGCACAAGAUUUUUAUAUUAUCGGGGUCCAGGAAGGUUGUCCUGACAGAAGGGAGUGGGAGAUCCGUCUUCAGGAGACUCUGGGCCCAUAUUAUGUCAUGCUGUAUGCUGCAGCACAUGGUGUUUUGUAUCUCACUGUAUUUGUCAGAAGAGACCUCAUCUGGUUUUGUUCAGAGGUGGAGCAUGCCACAGUCACAACUAGGAUCAUCUCUCAGAUCAAGACUAAAGGUGCUGUGGGAAUCAGUUUCUCUUUUUUUGGCACUUCCUUCCUCUUCAUCACAUCCCAUUUUACCUCUGGAGACAACAAAGUCUAUGAGAGAAUUCUGGAUUACAACAAGACUAUUGAAGCUCUUGUUCUGCCUAAAGACCUUCCAGACAAACCUUACCGCUCCACACCAUCUGAUGUCACAACAAGAUUCGACCAGGUGUUCUGGCUUGGAGACUUUAAUUGUCUGAGUAAGGACAGGACUGACGUGGAGACCCUCCUGAAAUGCACAGUAGGAGACAACAUGGCCCCUCUGUUGGAGCACGACCAGCUCGCCAAUGAAAUGAAGGAUGGUAUGUUGUUCAAAGGCUUCCAGGAGGCACAAAUUCACUUCCUCCCUACGUACAAGUUUGACAUCGGCUGUGAUGUCUAUGACACCACCUCUAAACAGAGAACGCCUUCAUACACAGUAAGGAUCCUGUUCAGGAGCAGGCAAGUUAAUGACAUCAAGGCGAUCAAAUACACAAGCUGUUCCACCAUCAAGACCUCAGACCAUCGCCCAAUCAUUGGCAUCUUCCACGUCAAAUUGAUGCCAGGCAGAGACAGUAUUCCACUGGGUGCUGGACAGUUUGAUCGGAGCCUGUACUUGGAGGGUAUCAGGAGGAGGAUCACGCGAGAGCUGAAGAGGAGGGAGGCCAUGAAGAACCAAAGCACCAGCACCAUCUGCUCCAUAUCUUAAACCCAGGAGGAACUGCUGUACGUCCAACUGUCAAAAAAUGGAACUAAUGAUCAUUAAACCAGCGAACAUCCCCAAGCCGAUCAUGGUAACUGAGCAGUGUGUAAACUCUAAUGGGCAUUUCCUGGAACUGUCCAUCCUGGUGAAAGUCUGGCUGGCUGUACUUGAGGGCAGGGACCUGGAGUUCAGGUGAACAGAGGUUCGUCCACGUCUGUUUUUAUUUAUUUACACUCAAAUGGGACAGACUGAGACUGUAUUCAGUCUUAGAGUAAUUU